AUGAAGUAUUUCAACACAAAACGCAGCGUGUUGUUCUUGAUAGGAGCUUUACUCAUCUCGACAUUGUUCUUUGUAGGAUUAACUAAAGCCCAACAAGAGAAUGAGGAGGAAAUUACGCCUGAAGAACCAACCCUCGAUGAACAAGAUACAUCAGCCUAUAUUUCAUCACCUGAUGUUACUCCUUUCGCUAGAUUAAAUCAAGACAAUCAAAAGACUCUCGAAUUAGGUAAAGAAUCAGAAGUAAUUUUGGGCUUUUUGAAUACUGGUGAUCUUCCAUUCAGUGUUCAAUUCAUUCGUGGUUAUCUUGUAGCCAAUCUUGAUCAACCUUUCAUUGUUCAAAACUUCACCGGCUCAAUUCAAAAUGUUACCGUAGGUCCUGAGGAGACUGCUACCUUCUCGUACAAAUUUGUUGCCGAUAAGACAUUGGAUGCCCGUGAAUAUACAGUCAUGGUGGAUGUCUUUUACUUGAAUGUUGAUAAUGAUACUUUCUCCACUACUUUCUUCAAUCAAACUGUUCAAUUCGUCGAAGCUCAAGAAUCAGCUGAUUUUGAGACAGUCUUCUCCUAUGUUUCCCUCUUUGCCAUGUUAGGCUUGAUGGCUUUCGGGGCUUGGUAUUUGUUCAAGGGAUCUGCUCAAUACAAGAAGUUCUUCGGAACCACCUCUACAUCAUCUGCAGUCUCUACUGAGAAGCUUGUCAACAUCAAGGGUACCAAUGUGAAUUUGGAUUUCAUUCCAAAGGAACACUUGCAACAUCUCAAGAUUAAGUCCAAUCAACAAUAA